ACUCGCCUCUUCCAUGAGUGGAUCAAGUCAUGAGCCCGGACACGAUGUCUGUUGUCUGAAGGCAAGACGCAAGUUUUUAAUGGCAUGUGACAAAGUUUCAAACCGUGUAAGAGUGCAAGAAUGCUAAGAAGAUGGUCUGUCCUAAAGAAGUUGAAAAAGAAAUGCCUCAUCUUUUCUUUCUCCAUACUGGUUGUGUGCGUACUGAAGCUCGUCCACAUCAAGGUAGUGGAAAAGAACACCUUUUACAUUGAGCCUUAUGGAAUUACUUCCGUCCCCAUAAACAGCCAGGCUGACAAGCCUGACAUUGACUGCUCAGCCGUAUAUCAGCUUGAUCCAGUGGAAAUUGGCAAGUCUUUAGAGAUACGGCGGAAAGUUAUAGUGGACUUGGAGGAUGAGACUAUUGUCAAGUUGACAGCAGACUGUCCGAGGUACAUAGAGGCAAGGGGCUACAAUGACAUAACUGCUUCGGAGGAGGAGAGGCAGUUUCCACUCGCCUACUCCUUAGUUGUACAUAAGAACAUUCCCAUGGUAGAGAGGAUCCUGCGUGCUAUCUAUGCCCCCCAUAACGUCUACUGUAUCCAUUAUGACCAGAAGUCUUCCAAGUCCUUCAUCGCUGCAGUGAGGAGUCUCGUGAAGUGCUUUCCAAAUGUAUUCGUCGCUAGUCAAUUGGAGUCUGUGCAGUAUGCCCAUGUGACGAGGCUAAAGGCAGACCUCAACUGUCUGUCAGACCUGCUCCAUUCCUCGACCCAGUGGAGGUAUGUCAUCAAUCUUUGUGGGCAAGAUUUCCCGUUAAAGUCUAAUUACGAGCUUGUGUCCGAAUUGAAGAAGCUUAACGGCGCGAACAUGCUGGAGACGAGCCGGCCCAGCGACCUGAAAAAGAAGCGUUUCCAGUUCCAGCACGAGCUGAAGGACGUGCCUUAUGAGUACCAGAAGAUCCCGGUGAGAACCACGCGCGCCAAAGACUCUCCUCCCCACGGCAUCGAGAUGUUCAUCGGCAGCGCGUACUUCGUGCUGUCCCGGGACUUUGCGAGUUACGCCACGGGCAGCCAGCUGGCACUGGACUUCCUGGCGUGGUCGGUGGACACGUACUCCCCGGACGAGCACUUCUGGGCCUCUCUGGUGAGGGUGCCCGAGGCGCCCGGCGCCAUCGCCCGGUCGCAGCCCGACGUGACGGACCUGAUGAGCAAGACGCGGCUGGUCAAGUGGAGCUACCUGGAGGGGAACCUGUACCCGGCGUGCACCGGCACUCACCUGCGGAGCGUCUGCAUCUUCGGGGCGGCCGAGCUGCGCUGGCUCCUCAACGACGGACACUGGUUCGCCAACAAGUUUGACCCCAAAGUGGACCCCAUCCUCAUCAAAUGUCUGGAGGAGAAGCUUGAGGAAAAGAGACAACACUGGGCUAAGUUAGCAUCUUAACAGAACUCUGCUGAGGAAAAUGUUAUAUGGGAAUCGAGGGGGUAUGUGCUUAUUUAAUCUCGUCUUUGAAACCAAUGUACUAUUAAUUACACCACUUACUACAGUGUAAUUCACUACCAGCCAUAUUUAAUACUGGAAGCUCCUCUCCGCUAUCUCAGAAAUGGCUGCCACUGUCUGGACAGAUGACUCAAAAUGGUCGGUUAUGCCAGAAGAUAAUCCUUGUGCCUUGCAGUUUAGUUUUCAGAGUUUUUCAUAGUAAAAAUAAUAAGUACACACGGCAAUAACUCUUAAGCAUAGAGAAUUCUUCUACCUCUUUGAGCUUGGCUUGGUGAAGAUUGUGCCUUCAAAUGGCUCUGAAAAGAAAUGAAAGAGAAAGCGUUUCAGGCGCAGAUUCUUUGAGAAAACCAUUAUGAUUGUAUUUCAGCAUCUCAGAAGAUGGUAAUGAAUACCAGGGCCUAAUCUUUGAUACACUUGAACAUAAAUUUGAUGAAUUUCUGGCGACAAUCAUUUUAUUCUGCAGCGAUUGUACAGCAGUUUUAUUUACUGUUGUGAGACGGUGUAUUUAUUUAUUUUGGGUAUUUAUGUCUUAAUAAAGCAUUUUCGACUUUGCA